AAAUCAGUCGCCUGCCUUUGCCCGAGCGGAGAGAAUCUCGAAUCGCUCGAAUCGACCUGUCGAGGAUUUUGGCUUCAGCUUCUGGGUGCUGCUGGUGCUGAGCAGCCAAAAUCGCAGAGCGCAGAAAUCGAAUGGGAAUUGGCUGCCAUAGCUGCCAUUGCGGGGGAAUCGAGAACGAGGGAAUAUAAUAAAAUAUGGCCGAGGGCGAGAUGUGAAAAUUUGAAAAUGUGAAAAUGCCUGUCCAGGCCAUCCAGUGACCACGAAAAUUGCAGUUUCCCCCAAAAUUCGUAUUCAUACACACAUACACACGCACAUACUCGUCAACGAAAAAAAUCGUAAAGAAAUUCAGAAAGAAAAUCCAAAAAAAAAACCAAACCAAGCACAAGCAAAACAAUUUCGGGGCGAAAAAGAAAAAUAUAUACAAAUAUACACAUUUCGAUUCCGAUUCUAGUGGCAAAAAUUCGUAUGUACUCGUCGCUGCUCCUCAAAACACAUACAUACAUACAAACGCGACCCCCUUUUCCCGCCCACCCAAUCGCCCAAAAAUCCUCAAAGAAAAUACAAACGUGUGGUGUUUGAGUGAAAAUCUGAACGGAAGCGCUGGCUAAACAGCAAGUAAAUAAUACAAAAUAAAAUAUUAGUACAUAUGUACAUACAUACAAGAUAGCCAGGCUAAAGGCAAUGGUCAACAAAGAAAGCCAAGCAGCUGAUUUGUGAUAACUGCAACGACCAAAAAUCGCAGGCGCCUCGAGUUACAAACAAGUGCAAUUAGCUGCCGAUGCCUACAUGUUGCAGCUGUUGCAGCAACAUCAGCACAAGUGGGGAAAAUCACGCAUACGCCCCGUACGCCCCAUCCGCCCAAUGGGCCAAACAAUGCGCUCCACUUAGCCAAGUUGCGUGUCAAUGUGGUGGUACUCCAGCCCACCCACCCCCUUCUCGCCACACACGCACACACGCACGCACACAUCGGCACAUACACAUGUACAUAUAUACAAUGGCAGUGUAAUGACUAGCACAAGAAAUAAAUAAAAGGCCAGAACAACAACUACGGUGGCAGCUCCAGCUGCUCAUAAAUUUCGUAACGCUUGUGAAAUGUGCCCCUUGGUGCACGGGGCCAUUGAAUCGCUAGAUUUUCGCCCGUAAAUCCGGAGCGGAAUAUGUAAAUGCCACCCGCGCACCAUCAACUCUUCAAAAAAAGAAAAACGCUAGCAAAAGGAACAGGAACCAAACCCACGCGAAGGUUGAAAUCAGGACUCUACGAUAAGGAUAACAACUACUCAAAAAGGUUAUCGGAAAAAUCUUGAAGAAUUUCUGGAAUUUUUUCGGCUUGUAAAAUCGCCCAAGGAAAAGCUAAGGAGAAGCUAAGGAAGCAAAAAAAAAAAAACAUUAAACAAAACGAAAACUAAAACUAAAAUCAAGAGCAGCUGCUGUGGAGAGAGCGAGAAAGAGAGCACAGAGCGCCGCAGAGAGAGGGACAGCGAGAGAGAGUGUGGGAACUUUCGAUAAAAAAUUAUUAGCAAAAACAUAAAUACGUAACGGCCUCCGCGCCCCCCACCCCGCACAACCAAAGGAACCAGAGAAAGAGAAGCCGAGGCAAAGAAAAGAGCACCACAGCGAGCGGGUGAGUGGGUAGGUCAGUGGCAGUGGGCGGUCCGCCAGCUGGGGCAGCACCACCUCACCACCCAACACCCAGCGCCAUCAGCACCUUCACCUCCACCUCCAUCUCCAUCUCCAUCAGCACCGCCAGCGUCAACCUCAACUUUCAAAGGGCAGGUAGCGGCAUGUCCUGCACCGUUUCGGAGCUGCCCAGUGGCUGUCGAUUGCGCGGCAUGACUGCAUCCUCACAGCAAAGUGCCGCCAACAAUAGUGGCAACAAUGGGAACGGCAAUGGCAACGGGAACGGAGGCGGCGGGGGCGUGGGCGUCGGCGGAGGUGGCGGCAGCCUGGGCGGAGUAUCGCCCACCGUGGGCGGCAGCGUGGGUAUCCUAGGCUCCACGUCCAACGUGCUGCAGGAUUCAAAUGCGACCACGUUGCAGCGUCCGCAGUCGCAGAAGCCGUGCUGCUUCUGCUGGUGCUGCUGCUGCUCCUGCUCCUGGGCCAAAUGUCUGGCCAUCAAGAAUGCCGAUGAAAAUGCCCCCACGAAGCGAGAUCUGGUAAAUGCCGAAUUCUUGGAUGGCGAGCAACCCACACUGGAGGAAAUCCGCAGCUGGGGCAAAAGCUUCGACAAGCUGAUGAAGAGCACAGCUGGUCGAAAGGUGUUCCAGAACUUCCUGCGCAGCGAAUUCAGUGAGGAGAACAUCCUGUUCUGGCUGGCCUGCGAGGACCUCAAGACGGAGAACAGCCCAGAGCUGGUGGAGGAGAAGGCGCGCCUCAUCUACGAGGACUACAUCUCGAUCCUGUCGCCCAGGGAGGUGUCACUGGACUCUCGAGUCCGCGAGAUCGUCAACCGGAACAUGAUCGAGCCCACGACGCACACCUUCGACGAAGCUCAAAUCCAGAUCUACACACUGAUGCACAGAGACUCAUAUCCGAGAUUCCUAAACUCUCAAAAGUUCAAGACACUAGCUCAACUGCAAGACAACUCGAAUGCCGGUUCCAAGGCGGAUAGUCCCACUUAGAGAGGAUAGCAUGAUCGUCGAUCGCCGAUCCCGGAUCAGAUCGGAUUUGGAACGAAUUCAGUUGCGCUGUGUUGACUUUGAUUUUCCGCCCCAAUCGCUGCUGCAAUCGACUAAGCAAUAUGUAUCCAUUAGUAGAACCAUUUAACCAUUUUGCGAGCAGCCCCGAAAUCAGAAUCCUGUUAGGGGCAGGUGAAUCAGACGUCGUGCGUUCAAUAUGAAUCGGAUUCCUUUUUCUUCCUACGUUCUAGUCGUUAGCUAACCAAAGAGUUAGGCACUACAAACAAAUUGUUUUCACUGAGAAGCAGGUUCGACCACAGAAAGCAUUUUCCAAAACACCCAAAAAAACAAAAACAUAACAAAACAACAAAAGAACAAAAAAAUACCCAGAAAGCUAAUACGAAACGAGCGACACAAAUAGCAUCCAUUGUAAUACUAGUGAUCUAAGAGACGUAUUAAUCAAAUUGAAACCAAGAUUACGGAACCCGCUAACUGAUAAGUAUGUUUAAACGUAAUCAUAAACCGCAACGUAACAGAAAUACUUUUUCCAAACAAAAAACCAUUACAAAAAAAGAAAGAAAACCAAAAAAUCUUUUUAAACGUAUUACAUACAUAACUUUAAAUACUUAUAUAUACACAGCGGCAUAUAUAUAUAAAUAUAUAUAUAUAUAAAUACGGAUAUAUAGAGACAUUUAACAUGACUAGUUUUGAAAUCGUUUUAGGUCAUACGAGUAAUGACAUCGAAGCAUUUUGUAAAUACAACAGCAGACGGCAACACUUUCUACUUUCUUAUGAAAACCCAUUGAGGAUGCAGUCCUUUCUUAAGCAAAUCUUACAAAGCCUCAUCUUGAGCCGUACUUUGAGCCAGACCACAACAGACCAUACAUAUACCCUAUAGAGUCUUAUCCGAAUGCAAACCGGAACAAGCGCAUAACUAACGUCGUGUACCAUAUUAUUUCGAUGUCGAGCUGAUUUCCAAGUCGAAAGAAGAACGUUUCGCAAUAUCACUGCCAACACAUAAAUGAAAAAAUCAGAAGUUCGCAACAAAAAUAUAUCCUCUUACAAUGUA